AUGGAUGCUCUCGGAAUAGAAAUUAAUCGUCUUGAUUUCACCGAAAAUUCAGAAAAAAUAAAUAUUGCAGCUUCUUGUCAAUCUCACUGUACCAAGGAUGAUGUGAAACGGGAUUAUCUGAGAUCUUUAAUCUCCGCGGCUG